AUGUCAACGACGAUGGCUUCUCAAUCCCCAGAAAUCGACACACCAGAUGUGUCAGAAGAUGAGCAAGAAACCCUAAUCCCCUCAGAGACAACAUCCGCUCCCAAACCACACAAACCUACCAAGAAGGCCACAGACGUGGAUUGCUGGUCCAUGAACCUCGAUGCCUUCAUUCUCAAUAAGCACAUCUUUAACAAAGAGCACUUUGUCGCGCCACUAAACAGACCUGACAAUUCGUCAUUUCUGUCUGGGGAGUUCUCAGCGCCAGAUGCGAUUCCCAAUGUUGACAUUGACGGCGCGUAUCCGUGGUACUCAAACUCGCGAAUUGCGGAUAUCACACAAUCGCCGCAAGUUGACGAUGAGGGUAACAAUAACUAUGAUAGCAUGCUGCGCAAUGAGCGAUUAGGCAUCUAUCUACAUUGGACGCUGCCGCAGCAUUUCCGUAAUGGAAGCACAAAGGAUACCGACGAUGAAAAGGCAGGGGAUCUUGCACAAACACAUGUGCCAGAUCGUUGGAUAGUCUUCAGAUGCAUCACAGAAGCCUCUGAAGCCGGCGCUCCUGCACUGGCGGCUUUUAUAGUUGAGAGCAAUCGCAUCCGCCAUUUCGGUGGGCAUUUUGACACUUCCGCAGAUGAUACUUUCGAUGUUGAGGUGGAGGCUUCUCCGUUCAUCGACAAGAAAGUCUCGGUGGAAAAGCAGGUCGAUGUGUUCAUGGGAAUGAGACGCAGAUUCGACGAUGAUUGGAAUGACCCCGAUCCGAAUGGCAUUUACCACUCGCCAUUAACAUUGCUGGACUCUGCCAAUCCUCUGUUCGCAGACUUCCAGCACCACAACUCAAACAUCUUCUCUAUUCACGACGAUGUCAGCUGGAAAGACAGUGCAGGCAAAAUUGUCCAGCCUGCGUCUGCCACUAUUUCGUACGCUGUUUUCGGCUACCACUCUCAAUUCCAUUCUCAACAUGACGAAGGAAAGUCCAUUACCCAUGGUGCAAUGUACAAUGUCAGGUGGACGAGAGAUGAGGCGCCCGAAAAGUCCGAGGCCCUCAAUAUUGCCAGAAACGUGAGCAGCAAUCAACCUAUAGCUAUGGGAUCAGACACGCUGGAAGCGCUCGAGGCAUACCUACAUUCUUUACCAGAAGAUAACAGCCCUGUGGAAAAGACAGCAGCCCAUCAGAGCUUGGAGCCUAAGCGCUGGAGCAACAACGACUGGAUUGCGCUCAUCGACGAGAUGAAGAUGGCAAUUGGACAGUCUGGUCAAGGCGGACUACUAGACUCCCACGUACCUCAGAACCUCAGAGCAGGCUUCAAGCCUACCGAUGGAGGCAAGAAAUGGCGCUUCAAUAACGACAAGGUCUCUGCGGAUGGCAAUGACAAGCCCAUUGACCCCAACAAGAUGGAGGAACUACACGUUCCUACCAAGGACGAGAUGAAAGACUUGCUCCGAGCGGAUAGGUUUCAAGCAUACACUGAUGCCUUGGACCGUCAGGAAGGAUACCUUCGCCAUCGGCUCUUCUGCGAGUGGUGGAAGCGCCGUGCUCGUGUGCCAGGAGGCAGAUGGGCAGAUCCUUUAGUCCACGCAGAAUGUAACAGGAGAAUCCAGGAUGACCUUGCAGCUUUGAAGAUUAUCAAAGAGUUGCGCAAGAGGUAUCAUCACGGUAAUGUCCCUGCCAAUUUGGACAAAAUGCAUGCAACCGCUAGAUCGGAAUUCUUCAGUCGCACGUCUCCCUCUAUCGUCAUGGGAGGACUCGGUACGGCGUGGCCUUCAGAGUUCCUCGUCAAAAAGAACAAUACGGCUAGAUCGCUUAGCUCACUUCCUUUUACUGGCAAGCAAGGAGCUGAUCUCGUACAGCAGUGGCUGAAGGAACUGGUUGGGGCCAAGCCAGGCGAUGCGAAUCAUCAGUUGUGCAUGGUCCACGGCAUGAAACUCUUCUUCCAGAACCCAGAAUUGGUCGAGAAGAUCGUCGAUGCGGAAAAGUCAAACAAGGGCCUCAUGCGACUUCCGGCCUUGUUUGAGUCACUAGACAGCCUCAACGCUCUCAACUAUACAGCGCCAGGCUGGGUCCGUGUCGCAGUUGACACGUUGAUGCAGGAGUGGGCAUAUGCCUUGAGUAUCGGCGACCCAGAGAAGAUGAAAGAGCCAAGACCUGCUUACUACAACAAAGCCGACACGCAUUGGAAUGAUACACAGCCUUGCCGUGUCUUGUUUCUAGAGUGGGAGGUUGAGUACUAUCACCUGCCAAAGCGAUUCUGGACGCUUCAAAGAUUGAGUGAUGGCACGGCAGACUACAGAAUCGCGCCAGGUGUCAACAUAUCUUCGUUCGACAUGAUGGAUCUUCAUAAGCGUACUGUCUCUGGAAGAAGUAUUCUGCGUCCUAAUGCUGAGUGGGCCAUGACAACACUGGCACAGCAGCUACUGGACAAGCUGGAUAAUGAGUCUAUCAAAGAGAAAGCCAAUCUAGCAGGUGGAAAGGCCCAAAUACUUGCUCAGCUUGAGAAGUCGCUAAAGAACCUCAACCUCGUGUCCGGAAAUCUCGACGGUUUCACAGAUCAGCUUCUUACUCUACACGGUGGUAUUCACGUUUCGCCAUACAAAUCUGACACACAUCCUCCUCGUAAUGACGAAGAAACAUCACUUCUCAACGCGUUGCUUGAGUCGGAAAAUGGUCACGAUGUAACUCCAUUUGGAGAAGACAUUUGUUCCAUCGAAAAAGCUGAGAGGGACUUCAAGCCCGUCACACACGGCCAAGCACGCUUCACAAAGUUCAACAUCGUCGAUAAAUUCGGCCAAGUCGUCUCACCGAUUCACACACCAGAUGUUAUCAAUAAGACCAAGCCUCUAUAUCCUUGCCUCGGCCGCACAAUUGCGUGUCAGCCAAAUGAAGCCGAAGGUGGAGGCUUCGCCAACAGCGUUGAACUAGACAAAGAGCACUGCUCGCAAUUCUUCCAGCUCGGUCAUCGCAUCAAUCAAGACGCAAGACUCAACGUCCAAUUCGUCGUAAACUCCGCCGAUGUUGAUGUGCACCAUGAGACAACACAGUUCUUCCGUGGUGAUAACGAGUUGGGUAGAGGUCAAACCCACCAUGUCUGGCGCCCAACCACAGAGUACGAAGAUCCUGUUUGGGGUUGGCUUAUGCUUGACUUUCGCACCAUGGGUAUCCAAGUCUACAACGCAGCGGGUGAAAGUAUGGGUGAAGCACUGGUACCGGAUAAUAUCCACGGCAAGGCAUACUGGCAGGUUCACUACGCUGAGGGCGACAUGUCUGAAGCGGCUAAUGAGUCGUCCCAGCUUCAGCAGCUCAUGAAGCGCAUGUCUGACGCCAAGUUCCUUGUUGGUCUAUGGGCUAUGCUUUCUGAUGCGUGUCAGAAUAUUUACAACGACCCUUUGACCGGUGAUGCGCAGAUGCUCAAUAUGGUGGGACGACCGCUUGCUCUUGUCAAUAUUGGUAUGAACCUUGAGCUUGCUACGCCUGUUAUGCAGUCGCAGAGCUAUCAGGAUCUGCUGAAGAAGGAGGAGAUCAAGCUUGAUGAGUACAAGUUUGAGGUCCUACUUGGCGACAAGUCAAAUCUGCGCGAUGGGCUUAUCGGCUACUUUCCUCCUUCGCCAGAGCCAUCACUACCAAUCAUUCCCGUCCCUGUUCCGGAGCCUCAAGACCGCGUGACAGACAAACGCCCUGACAUCAACUGCGUCUACACCGAAUUCGGUUACCCAGGACGCAACAUUGUCGCGGGUGAUAACCAGAAACCAGACUCCUUUGCCUCACCUAGCUCCAGCAAAGUCUAUCUUUCACCUAUGCACGUCGAUCCCUCUAAGUGCACACUUGAUCCCGCCAAAGACUAUGACGCAGCUGCAGCUUACCACCGCGGCAUCUGGAACCAUCCUUCAACUGUUGUCCUCGGGGCUAUCGUAGACCCUUACCAGCCCGUCCAUAUCGCCACGGGCAUUCUACCAUCUACAACACUGAAGCUUCCCCAGUGGAUCAUUGAUCAGACGCUCAAGAAACUUCGCAUACUCUUGCGUGGUGGACCUGUCCUGACAAGAUCAGACCUUCCUGGUAUCGACACCAGCCUCGAAUCAUGGAAGAGGCCCAUGAAUCAGACGACAGCUGAAGCAUGUAUUCCCGCUCUUACGGACAAGGGCGAGUGGUCAUGGCUGCAGCCUAAUCUCUCGGCGUAUGUUGAGCCUGGAGAUGACGAUGAGUACUUGCCCCAGUUCGUGCCGUACAACCUGAAGUCGGCGCCUUCAGACUAUCCCCUGGAAAUGGGUCCGCACACGGUGUUGGAGGGUUUCUACAAGUUCGAGCUGUCGCAGAUGAAGCCACAAGCGGAGCUAAAGCCAGGUAAUCCGGCGGAGAAGAGUGAUACAAAGAAAGAGAUGAAACAGAAGUAA